AUGGAUUCCACGGGCCUGAGUAGUAAUGGUGCUGCCUACCGGUCUCGUGGGUACCAACUCGAAAUGUUAGAGGCUAGCCGCAAGGACAAUAUCAUUGUCGCGAUGGACACGGGGAGUGGAAAAACUCAUAUGCAUGUUUGGAGUGCCAUUCUUCGGAUCAUAGAUGAGCUUGAGAACUCCGAUUCUCCAGACAAACUUAUUUGGUUUCUGGCUCCGACUGUGGCAUUGAGCCUUCAGCAGCAUGAAGUUAUCACUAGCCAUAUCCUCUCUGUGGAAACUAAAAUUUUAACUGGUCAGGACAAUGUUGAUCGAUGGACUGAACAAGGUAUCUGGGACAAGGUGCUCAAAGAUGUCCGUGUGGUUGUCUCAACAUAUGCCGUCCUUGCUGAUGCCUUGGGCCAUGGUUUUGUUCGCAUGUCCCGACUUGCUCUCCUUGUCUUUGAUGAGGCUCAUCAUUGCACAAAACGCCAUCCGGCGAACAAGAUUAUGCAAAAACACUACCAUCCUACCCUGCUGAGGUCAGGCCCAAAUGCUGUACCUCGCAUUUUGGGACUCACUGCUAGUCCUGUGGUUCGGUCGAGCCAGAAUGAGCUUGAAAUAAUCGAAUCCAACUUGAACGCAGUAUGCAGGACUCCACGCGUCCAUCGCACUGAGCUUUUGGAAAACACCCAUCGCCCUCACCUAGAGCGUAUCAAUUACACAACUUUUGACGAAGCACAUUAUGGUUCUGGGAGUCGACUACUUUUACCUCUCAUAGAAUGUUGCAGGGCCUAUAACAUAGAAGAUGAUCCUUGGAUCGAAUCGUUGCGGUCAAAGGAUCACACUGUGGAGCUGACCAAGGCUCUCACUACAGGUAAAACCUUCUGUAGCGAGCAACUGAGGAAUUUCCAGGCGCGCAGCCGUCACAUUUAUGAGGAGCUGGGAGGUUGGGCUGCUGACUUUUUCAUCAGCGCUUCAAUUGACCAACUUCAGCGUUCAAUCCAAGAUGCUAGUGAGAUGUCACAUUUGGACCAAAUGGAGAGAAUUUACUUGUUGGAACUCCUGCUUGCAAUGCCGGCGCCAGUUUCAGCUGAGGAGAGUAAUCACGUAUCCAUCAAGCUUGAAAUGCUUCUCAACUUCCUUGAGAAAAUGGAUAGGCCUGGGUUUUCCGGGCUGCUAUUUGCCAAGCAGAGAGCAACUGUCAGUGUGUUAGCUCGCAUUCUAUCCAUUCAUCCCAAAACCAGAGAUCGCUUUCAGUGUGCCGCUUAUGUUGGUUGGGCGAGUGAUAAAAACCGCAAGGGCUGCCUCGGUGACCUACUUCAUCGGGAUAUGCAACGAGAUACUCUUGAUGAAUUCAAAGUUGGCCGCAAAAACCUCAUUGUGGCCACUGAUGUUCUCGAAGAAGGGAUUGACGUCAGUGCAUGCAGUUUGGUCAUCUGUUACGACAAGCCUGCGAACCUCAAGUCCUUUGUGCAGCGGCGUGGGCGUGCUCGUCAUAGAGAAUCUAUAUAUGCUCUCAUGAUCUCAAAUGAGGACGAGUUGUUGAACCUGCACAAGUGGCAGGAACUAGAGCAAGCUAUGAUCAAAGCGUAUCAGGAUGACGAGCGACGGCGUCGGGAAGCCUAUGACCUCGAAGCCACUGAAGAGCAUGUGAAAGAGAGACUUUGGGUGGAGAAGACGAGUGCUCUAUUAACGGCAGACGACGCAUUACAGCAUUUGUAUCACUUUUGCGCAGUUUUACCAGUUGAUGAGUAUUCUAACAACCUGCCAAUAUUCUCCUUUGAGGAAGAUAGUGUAGGACUGCUUUUAGGGAAAACCUGGUGGCGGACAGAGCGGGCAGCCAGGAAGGAGACUGCGUUUCGAGCCUACAAAGCUUUGCACGCGUAUGGGCUGGUCAAUGAUAAUCUCUUGCCAUUGACACGAAAACCAGAGCUGAGGUGCUCAGAGGAGACGGUUCUCCCAUCCAUUGUGCAAGCUGCGGAGCAGUAUGACCCUUAUGUAGACCUUGCACAAGGCUGGGGUUUGGGUCAGCUUUGCCAGACACGCUUGAGAAUAUGCAGCAAUGGUUCCGUCAAUGAAGAUCUCGCCAUCUGCUUAAUUUUACCAAGAUUGACCCCGACGCCGCAACCCAUUCCUCUCUAUUGGGACCCCGAAACCUACAUGGAACUCCACUUUGAUCCGCAAAUUUCGAGUUUUGAGACGACAGUGGAGACACUGGAUCAAAUGAGAAGAAGCACAGCCCUCUAUCUACAAGCUCCUAGCUCGCGACAGCGGGGAGACGACCGCGACUUUGUGGCUCUCUUCAUCCCCGACAUUUCACAUGAACACCUAGGAGAAUGGCUUGCAUUCCACGAAGGGAAAGAGCCUGCGCUGGAAGUUUACAUGAGGGACCCGACUGCUCCACCUCUGGGUAUCGUCCGUGACCAGUCCAAAUUCAGCGAGCCACGGCUAUUCAACAGAUGGAACGUUCCAGCCGAUGUAUCGAAGUCGUCGCCUAUUGAAGUGGAGUGUUCAUCGCUUCCCCGUCGACGAAAUCUCCUGCAGAUGCCAGCUAUGAAUACCGCCGAAGAUGGAGAGGCAGACGCACCAAAGAAGUCCUACAUUCUGCCUGCAGCAGCUUGCGUCAUUGACAAGCUCCCAGCAAAACAGGCUGUGUUUGGACUUUUCAUCUCGGCCAUUCUGGACCGGCUGGAAGCAUCUUUGGUCGCACAUCGGUUGAACGAUACCAUUUUGAAAGGAGUGGGGAUCAAAAAUAUCGCCCAUGUUAUUACGGCUAUCAGCGCACCCAUUGCACAGGCCAGCACCAACUAUCAGCGAUAUGAGUUCUUUGGCGACUCUGUUCUCAAAUUCACCGUCAGUUGCCAGCUCUUUUUCCGGAACGGCAACUGGCACGAGGGGUACCUCUCGGAGAGUCGUGACAAGCUCAUCCAAAACAGUCGCCUUGCUCGUGCAGCUCUCGACCUUGGUAUUGACAGCUUCGUUCUAACGAGCCGGUUCACCCCCGGAAAUGGACUGCACCAACCCUCGACAGCCAAGAGAAACAUAUCGACCAAGGUCCUGGCAGAUGUUGUGGAAUCUCUCAUUGGAGCAGCGUAUGUAGACGGUGGAAUCCGCGAAGCGCAGGCUUGUCUCCAUCGCUUUUUGCCGGAGAUCAAUCUCUUCACGAACGACAUUUCACCUCUCAUCCUGCCACCAGGUAAAGGCGUGAGCAAUUUAAUCAAUCACCAUCGAUUGGCUGGUCUGAUUGGAUACACUUUCAAGGAUCCCGCCCUUCUAACAGAGGCCCUCACCCACGCAUCCUGCGAGUACGACACAUCAACGCAAUCUUACCAACGACUCGAGUUCCUCGGCGAUGCCGUCCUCGACAUGGUCGUCAUGGCAGUGAUAGCAGCCCACCCCGUGGAAAUGGACCAGGGACCAAUGACAUUACUCAAACAUUCCGUCGUGAACGCCAACCUCCUUGCCUUCUUCUGCAUGGAGCUAUGCGCACCAGAGGAACCUUCCCACAACACCCAAUUCGCUAAUGGCGAAAUCAACCUCGUGCCACGCUAUGACCAGAUCCACCUAUGGCGCUUCCUCCGCUCCCAUGGCCCUAACAUCAAAUCUGCCCAGGAAGCUUGCCUCGAGCGGCACCGAGGUCUCCGUACUGAAAUCUGUGAUGCUCUGGAAAACGGGACCCAGUAUCCGUGGGAGUUGUUCGCCCGCCUGCGUGCCGAUAAGUUCCUGUCAGACAUCAUCGAGAGUGUGCUUGGGGCGAUAUUCAUCGACUGCGGGGGCAACCUGGACGUAUGCUAUGCAUUCGUCGAACGUAUCGGAUUGGUAUGGUACAUCCAGCGUGUUAUUGCCGACGGAGUUAAUGUUGUUCAUCCGCGCAACAUUGCGCAGAACAUGGUGAAGGGAGCAGGUACCUUGGUCUUUAAGAGGAAGAGGGUCGAGUCUGGAGGCGUGGCUACGUACCGGUGCUCGGCUAUUGUUAACAAGACUGAAAUCGCGCUGGUGGAGGGUUGUGCUUCUGCCGAAGAGGCUGAGGUCAAGGUUGCCAACGUCGCUAUUGAGCACUUGACGUUGCACCCGGUGGUUUCCACAUGA